AUGACUGAAAUUGUUGAGUUUGUUGCCUCUCAAAGGCUAGGAAGCCCUCCCGGAGAGUUCGACAGCUAUCUCAAAGGCUCUUUCAAUCUCAGCCUUGUCGUCAAAUUCAAUGAUGGAGGACCGAAAGCAGUAAUUCGCUUCCCAAAACCAGGCCAUACAGCCAAACAUUUGUGCGAGGAGAAAGUCAGGAACGAGGUCCAGGUGCUGAGUUUCCUAAGUGAUCAGGCCACUAUUCCUGUGCCCCGGGUCUCGAGCUGGGGAACAAUUGAAGACAGCCCUCAACACUUGGGCCCUUUCAUGAUCAUGGACUUCAUUGACGGUACUUCGUUAGCGACAAUGUUGAAGCAGCCAACCGAAAGUGAACGGGAUGAGGUUAUCCUCGCAACCGACGUGGACGAUACCAAGCUGGAGUAUGUGUAUGAGCAACUUGCUGAUUACAUGCUGCAACUGUCUCAACUCGAUUUACCUCAAUCGGAGCUUUAG